AGAGAAAAUAAGAAAGAGAAGCAAGUGGCAGUGCUGGCUACCGCAGAGCUGCCUGCGAAGUCGGUGGAUCUGGCUGCAAUUAACCUGACCGAGCUGGUGAAUGGUAUGCUGAACACAGCGCUCAGAGGUACCAAAAAACUCUUCUCUUUGCUGAGCAUCACAUCUUACAGCUCAUUUGCCUUCCACAAAGUGUCAGUCACCAUUUAUAACAUUUCUAACGUGAAAAAUGUUGACCCUGGCAAGUUCCCUAUGAAUUACUGCUACUGUUUGAACAAUGUGACAAAUGACUUGACAGAUUUUACAGCUUUACUUGUUGAUAUUAUUGGAAACUCCACCAGUUUUCUCACAGAAAUUUUCAAAUCCACUUCUAUUCUCUCAGUGCGUCAGAGCAAUGAUUCAGAUUGUAUCUACAUCUGUGUGAUGACAGGGCAGACAGGGAGAAAUCCGUCUGACUUUUGGGAAAUGCUGGAGAAGUCUCCUGUUAUUAAUUACACAUUUUCUAGUAAUACAUCUUCUGACCUGGCUACCAGGUUCCCUCUUGCCCAGAAAGGGGAGGAAAUCCCCGCCACGAGGUUCCCACCAUGGCCAAAGACACUUGAAGCACAAGGAUCAGGAUUUCCAUCACCACAUGUGGAUGCUUCCAGACCCCAAGGCACGGCUGGACCCCCUCCGACUGCUGGGGGGAGCUCGGCCGCAUCGCCAGCCCUACAGCCCAGCCCCACUGACGUGUAUGCAUUUUGGAUGCAAACAGUGUCUCCUCAAGAAACCAGCAAACUCAUGCAAACAGAGCCAGAUUUGCCUUCCUCAGUACUGUCAACGCCACCCCACAGGCCAGGUGUGACACUGAAACUUUACCCAGCUACCAGGUGUCCACAGGCGAUCCUCAAAGAGUCCCGUGUGACCUCGCCUCCUGUCACUGUUAUAGUGCAAAAGAUCAAUCCCUGUGUGAUGGAGCUGUGUAGGUUUUUUCAGCUGUGCCUCUGUGUUGGUCAGAGAAGAUAUUCCAGAAAGGAAGCCAUGAGGUACUGUGUUGAAUACUAUUCCUGGUUCUUGAAAAAUGCAAGUUAUGUCUGUGAAAGAGUCAAAAGACUUACUUACUCCCACACAUUAAAGCAAAAAUGCCUUAAAAACAUUUGUACGUCAGUCUAG